UUUUUGCACCGCCAGCCUGCUAUCCUGAGCGGGUGUACGGCUUCGAUGCAGGGAGGGAGGGAGUAGAAAAAGGCAAAAGUCUUUGUGCUUCCCUUCCCCCUCAUCAAAGCAAAGGGGAAAUGUCUGUCUCCAAAGGAGGGAAGAAGAAGAACCCAGGGCUGAGGCUGGCCAAAGAAGUGUUUGCACAGCCCCCACCAGCAGUAGCAGCGCCUCCUCGAGAUCUCGACUCCAAAGCGUGCGUCACAAUCGGAGACAAGAACUUUGUGGUGAAGGCGGAUGACUUGGAAGAGAUUGCAGAGCUGGGCAGGGGAGCGUAUGGCGUGGUGCAUCAAAUGAGACACGUGCCCAGCGGUGUCAUCAUGGCUGUCAAGAGGAUCCGAGCCACCGUCAACACGCUGGAGCAGAAGAGGCUCCUGAUGGACCUGGACAUCUCCAUGAGGACGGUGGACUGCUUCUACACCGUCACCUUCUACGGCGCCCUCUUCAGAGAGGGCGAUGUUUGGAUCUGCAUGGAGUUGAUGGACACCUCACUGGAUAAGUUUUACAAGAAGGUCAUUGAGAAAGGCAAGACCAUCCCCGAAGACAUCCUGGGCAAGAUCACAGUAGCUAUCGUAAAGGCAUUAGAGCACCUGCACAGUAAUCUGUCAGUCAUACACAGAGAUGUGAAGCCCUCCAACGUUCUGAUCAACACUCAGGGCCAAGUGAAAAUGUGCGACUUCGGCAUCAGCGGCCACCUGGUGGACUCUGUGGCCAAGACCAUGGAUGCUGGCUGCAAGCCCUACAUGGCGCCUGAGCGCAUCAACCCUGACCUCAACCAGAAGGGCUACAGUGUCAAGUCAGACAUAUGGAGUCUGGGUAUCACAAUGAUCGAGUUGGCCAUUCUGAAGUUCCCCUAUGACUCGUGGGGCACGCCCUUCCAGCAGCUCAAACAGGUGGUAGAUGAGCCAUCCCCCCAGCUGCCCGCAGACCGCUUCUCGCCAGACUUUGUAGACUUCAUCUCCCAGUGCUUAAGAAAGAAGCCCAAUGAGAGACCAGCUUAUACAGAAUUAAUGAAACAUCCUUUUUUCACCUUGCAUGACUCCAAAGAGACAGACGUGGCCAGUUUUGUCAAGGUUGUCCUGGACGACUGAUCAUGAGCAGGCGCCACCUCUCACUCAGUCAACACACCGAUGAUGGCCUACCAUUUUUUUUUUUUUUUUUUUUUUAAGAGAAGAAAGAAGAAAUGAAAUGAUGGACUCUCAAGCAGCUGUGCUCAGCAGAGAGAAGAGAGCUUCACACAUCAACUGGAGAAGUUUGACUCAAACUCACUCAAUGAACUUUUUUGCUUUUAUUUUUCCCCUUUCUUUACAGAGCCGGACAUUUUUCUGUGCGACACAUUUAUUGCAAUUUAGUGUCUUCAUCAUACGACGUUUUGAUACUGUAUAUCGUCGACGUGUGUGUGUGUGUGUGUGUGUGUGUGCGCGAGUGCGUGUUCGUGUGUAUGUUGUGUUUUGAAUUUUACCGGAUGGCAUCAGUAUGCCAGUUUUGACCCUCUCCCUGGGUCGCUCAUUAAUAUCAAAGGUCAUGCUGGGGAAGGGUGAGGAACUAUAAAUCAUGGUCAAGGUAAAACGCUAUUAAAUAUACCUAAAAUCUGAAAAUAAGGAACUAAACGUGUAGCUACUAAUCAUUUGUGGUCCAGGGGUGUCAAGUCUUUUUCCAGGUUCGCAUACAGAAAAACUGAAGGAUACAGGGGCCACCUUCAUACAUUUUGUGCAUCUAAGAUGCUAAAACCAAUCCGUUGUAGGUCAAAAUAUGCCAAGCUGUCUGAACAAAACACUGGCAUCUUAGCUUUGUGUUGAUGACAAAGCAAAUUAGUGUAACAUCUGCAAAUGUCAUUAAUAAUGAAUUGUAUCUUUACAAUAUGCCAGGGGCCAAAAACAAAAUAAACAAGCUGUGAGCCGAAAAUGGCCCCCGGUCCGCACUCGAGACACCCCAUUGCCUGGCUUGUUGCUUUCACAGUUGCCAUGGAUACCACUUGGAAGCCUUCUGGGCUCGACUUCAAUCAAGUGCGUGCCAUCAGUUUCUUUUAAAUUCCAGCUGCAUUUAAAACAAAUCGAUUUUGCUUAUUUUACCUCCAUUUUUUUCUUGACACUUUUUUGCUCCUCCCUUCUUUUUAUGCCUCUCUCACACACACACACACACAGACACACACAGACACAAUAUGUUGGGGGAAUAAUUUAUAUGUUGAAGAUGUAAAUACUAUCUCCUUGUGUGUGUGGGUUUUUUUUAUGUCACACUGUCUGAUCCUGACAGUGCAGCUGAGUGUCUGGUAGUAGUUUAUUUUAAUGCAGUGUGACAUGCACAUACAUACAUAUACAUACAUACAUACUUACAUACAUGUAUAAAUCUUCUAGCAGGGCCUAUUUUGGAUGUACCGCUCAGGUUUCCGCGGCCCGCUUCUGCCUGAGCCCUUCUAUGCAGCAUCAGGACCGACUCCCCAAGUGUUCACAGACUGUGAUGUCAGUAGUGUUGCUCUGCUUUACACUGUAGUGCCACCUCCAUCAAAACAAACAGCGAGUAUUUAUGAUUGUGACUUAUAAGGGAACGUGAGCAACACCGCAAAAAAGCUGCUGUUAUUUCCCCCUCCUCCUUUUAAGUAAAAAAAAAAAAAAAAAGUCCCCUCUUUUUUGGAGUGUAAAAGUGGACUUUUUACACCGCUCACAAUGAGAAUGGAACACUUGCUCUACCUCUGACUCCUUCACUCUAUUUGCCACCUUGUCGUUUGGUGGGACUGACAAACUUGAACUGUGGAAAGACAAAAAAAAAGAUAAAAUAAAUAAAGGCUUUAUUGUUCAGUAUGGCUGUUUGGAUGUUUUGUUAUUUUUAUUUUAUUAUGUGUCGCGAGCUUGAGGUGGCAGUUAUAAUAAAAGAAAAUUUAAAAUAUAACACGAUACAUUGUUUUGUAUUUGUAAAAAAAAAAAAGUGUAUAAGUUGUGGUCAUGCAUGUAUAUUUUGUCUGAUGUGGAAUAUUUUUUUUCAAGUGAGGCAAAAUUUUACAGUUCUAUUUGCAGAGAUUGUAUACAGUGGUGUGAAAAAGUGUUUGCCCCCUCCCUGAUUUUGUUUUUUGCAUGUUUGUCAAACAUAAGUGUUUCAGAUCAUCAAAAAAAAUUCGAUAUUAGUCAAUGACAACACAACUGAACACAAAAUGUAGUUAAAAAAAAAAAAAUCCAAAUCUACAUGUCCCCUCACCCCGUUACAACAUAAGACCUAUCAGUCUGGAAAAGGUUCUAAAGUCAUUUCUAAAGCUUUGGGACUCCACCGAACCACAGUGAGAGGAGCCAUUAUCCACAAAUGCAACAA